AUGCAGCACUUUACAGAGUCCUCUACUCAAGAUGAAAAAAAGCCGACAGAGCUUCCCGACAGGACCUCAACUUACAGCCCUGUACCGCAGAAAGAUGCUGCGGCCUUCUCUCCAACCGCCGCCGUGGUGUCUCCCAUGACAUCCGAUCACGGCAUACCCGAUGUCGCCUCCCUCGGUCCCGCUUCGCCCGGGCUGCAUUCGCUCAGGACGCCGGAUCCAACGGAAAAGGAAUACACACCUCACUCGACAGAGAAGGAAUUCUGGGACCAACCGGCGUUGGAAGUAUCCGAGAGGAGAAACGAUGCGCCUCGCAAGCAUGGGCGGAAACCGUUGCUCUUUUGGAUCGUAGGUCUGGUCGCUUGUCUGGUGAUAGGACUUGCUAUUGGACUCGGUGUGGGCUUGACUCGAAAGUCGAGCAAUGGGUCAUCGGCCCCUGCUAACCCACCACCGCCUGCACCAACCUCUAUUCCUCAAGAUUUCUUAUCGACUGUCGGAGCAUUCAAUGGCUCCGGGAUAGCCUUGGCUUCCGAGUCCUUCGCCUCCGGCGGCCACGGAGCAAUUGUCAUGUACUUCCAACAUCACUCUGGCCAAUUACGUUCCGCGCAGCUAGCAAGCGAUGGGACCUGGCAAGGGGGAGACAUCACCGACAUUGUCGCCAGCAACGCCAAGAAUGGAACCCCCAUAGCCGCUGUAGCCUACGCUAGAAACCAAACCGCUGCUUGGCAUAUAUUCUAUAUCAACGUCAACAAUACCGUCACCGAGAUCAUCAACGAUAACGCCACUAACGUCUGGAGGCCUGGACCUAUCAACGACCUCAAUCUGCAAGCCAUGAAUGAUCCCAACGUCGGCCUCGAGGCUUGCUGGUACGGUAGUUUCUACAGCGACACCGCCUACAACCAUUCCCCAGUCCCUGGCCAGACCACGGGUACAGGGAACAGCUCCGACCAAACCGUCGGCAUACAUCUCUGGUACGCCAGCAACGCCACCACUUUCGACUCCGUGGGCUGGACCUACGGCGACGACACAUGGACCGAGCAGCAAACCUUCAGCGGGUACAACGGCCACGGGGGCGUGGGCUGCUACUCCUGGGGUCCCGGCAGCGACACGUAUGUGUUCUUGGUCAACCUGAAGAACGAAGUCAACAUACUGUGGAAAGACUUGAACACGACGCUCGUGGGCAACAGCACCCAUCCGGUCAACACAUGGACAAAGAGCGACAUCAGCAUCCCCGUCGUCCAAAACAGUUCCAUGGGUUACACCAACUACCUCUACGUCCAAAAACCCGACCUCACCAUCGGCGGCUUCAACGUCACCUUCGCCGCCGAAAACACCACCAUCCCCACCGACCCGGCCGACACCUUCGUCAUCAACGGCGCCCAAGGCCUCCCCGGCACCCAUCUGUCGGUCACCGCCCUCCCCGACAAUUCCGGGGGCAAUUCCUUGCUGGCGUUCUAUCAGACGAACGGGACGGACAUCACCGAGUUCGUGCGGGAUCUGGACGCGGGCCAGUGGACGAGUUCGAGCGUGCCGAUCCCGAAUUCGUGA